AUUGGGAGAGAGAUGAUGUUGUGGUUACGUUGGAUUUGUUAUCCAUCGACAAAGUCAUCCAAACUAGUAACAAGACGUUUUUCCACGUUCCUUUAUGACAAUAAGACAGAAAAGGAUGAAUUGAUUCUCACCGUGACAGAAGGAGACCACGACACUCGGUUAGAUCGUUUCUUACGUCGUCAGUUGGGUGGGAGACUACCACAGUCUUUUUUAGAAAAGUGUAUUAGAAGAGGUUUCAUCAAGAUAGAUGGUCAAACUGUAACGAGAGCUGGUGAGAGAGUGCGUUCGUCUUCUAUUCUUUGUGUUCCCAAACAACUGGAAAGCUUCCGUGAAGCUGAUGGCGAUGGCACAGUAGAAAGGCAGAGACCCGUAUUAUCUCAACUUGUGAAGGAAAGAGUGCAAAAUUGGGUGCUUUACAAGGAUACCAACUUGAUGGUUAUCAAUAAGCCUCCCCUUCUAGCUUGUCAAGGAGGAAGUGGUUUGAGGGAUUCUCAUCUAGGAACGCUACUCCCUGCUCUUUCUUUGGAUAACGAAGAACCUCCCAAGUUGGUACAUCGUUUAGAUAAAGAAGUGAGUGGAACAUUGCUACUGGCCAGAAAUUCCGUUGCUGCCAAAAACUUGGCUUUACUAUUUCAACAACGACAAGUAAAAAAGUUGUACUGGGCAUUGGUCAUAGGCAAUCCUUUACCCACUCAAGGAGAAAUUAGAAAGGCUGUGGAUGGAAAAACAGCCAUUACCAGAUAUCGGGUGGUUGAAAAGUUACAUUCCGUUGCUGCCUGGUUGGAACUGGAGCCUAUUACAGGUAGAAAGAGACAGUUGCGACUGCACUGUGCACAAGUUCUCAACUGUCCUAUUUUUGGAGAUGAAAAGUUUCCUUUCGAUCGUUUGGAAGAAAAUACGCAUUUGGUGGCAUAUCAAGGCUUGUCUCAUUUGCUACGACGACCUAAAGGAAUUCAUCUCCAUGCCUAUUCCAUUUCCUUUCCAAAUAUAGAAACUUUGGAUAAACCACAAAAGACUUGGAAAACAGUAACUGCUCCACUGCCUUUACAUAUGGAAAAUACUUGGAAUACAUUAGGAUUUCAUAAGUAAACUCCAAUCCAUUUUAGUUAGAGACAAUGACUAACUAAAAUAAACGAGCACAAAACCUA